AUGCCCUCACCUGCACCGACUGCGCCGACGAAAGCGUCGACGCCUUCCGGAGCAGGUACGGGGACCUGUGGUACGAGCCUGGAAGAACCUCAGGACGAGGAAGGCAUCCCCAAUGGAAUGGCCAUGCCGUUUGUCGAGGAAAAGACAUCAGCGUUUUAUGGCGAAGCCUCCAACAUUAACUUUACGCAACUGCUUCUACGCGCCAUCGCGGUCGCGCACCACUCACCUGGCCCCCCCGCGGGGCUCGGCAGAGUUUCCGUAUUAGGAGGAAGUGUUGUAGCCAGUGUCUCCCAAAGCAAAGGUUCUCUAGCAGGCACAGCGACGCCGAUAGACUCACUACCUACCGCCCUGCCAUCUGUCGAGGAGAUGGACACUCUGCUCGAUCUGUACUUCGAUACAGCCGGUGUUGUCUUCCCCUUCAUCCAUAAGAAGACGAUGAGGAAGAUAUACAAUGAAUGUAGACUCAACGGCUUCACGAGAGCUCGCAGAACAUGGCUUGGAACUCUGAACAUGGUAUUCGCAAUGGCGAGCAACUUUGAUAGGGACUACACUACAUCAUCCAAGAAGUGCUUCGAGAGGUCCAACAUCUUCUAA